UUGGAGGGAAACCCCGUGGAUUAGCACGACCGCCGUGAGAAUCAGCUGUGAGCAGCGGUUAGCUUAGCUCCGACAGGACAGUCCUUAUUCCCAGACACUCAGCACUGAGCAGCCAUGGACAAGAGCGAGCUAGUGCAAAAAGCCAAGCUGGCCGAGCAGGCAGAGCGCUAUGAUGACAUGGCAGCCGCUAUGAAGUCUGUCACUGAGGGUGACAUUGAACUGUCUAACGAGGAACGCAACCUGCUCUCGGUGGCUUACAAGAACGUGGUGGGUGCCCGCCGUUCUUCCUGGAGAGUGGUCUCCAGCAUCGAGCAGAAGACGGAGGGCAGCGAUAAGAAGCAGCAAAUGGUCAAGGAAUAUCGGGAAAAGAUCGAGAAGGAGUUGAAGGACAUCUGCAAUGAUGUACUGGUUCUUCUGGACAAGUACCUCAUCCCAAAGGCAACACCGGCUGAAAGUAAAGUCUUCUAUCUGAAAAUGAAAGGCGAUUACUUUCGCUACUUAGCGGAGGUGGCUGUGGGAGAGGAAAAAAGCUCUAUCAUUGGCAAUUCACAGGAGGCCUACAAGGAUGCCUUUGAAAUCAGUAAGGCAGAGAUGCAGCCCACACACCCCAUUCGUCUGGGCCUUGCGCUCAAUUUCUCCGUAUUUUAUUACGAGAUUCUCAACGCGCCCGACCAGGCCUGUAAGCUUGCCAAAACGGCUUUUGAUGAGGCCAUUGCAGAGCUUGAUUCACUGAAUGAAGAAUCAUACAAAGACAGCACAUUGAUCAUGCAGCUACUGCGGGACAAUUUGACACUGUGGACUUCAGAUAACCAGGGUGACGGCGAGGACACCGAGGAGGGCCGAGAAAACUGAGUCUCGCUCUGUCUGUCCUUCCCUUGUUAUUCACCUACCAUCGUUCCAGCUCAACACUGAGACCACCUCAUCGUCUACUUCUGUCUCUUUUAGUUCUUUUACUCUCGCGCCUUCCUUGCUUUCUUCCUUCCCUGUCAUUGUGGGGGUUUUUUUCUAAGGAUUUGUGUAACGGGAGG